AUCUAAUGAUGGGUGGACUUAGGCAAGAGGAUGCACACAAUUCGUUCUUUACGUAUGGGAACCGGAGUAGGUAGUACUAGGUUUUUCUCACUAGUUUAGGGUCUUUCACAGUUGCAAUGCCAGAAAGAAAGAAAUUGUCGAGUCCGUGUUCUUUUUCCUCUUGUCAGGAUUCUGUUAAUGCUGAAACACAUGCGCAAGGAAGGAACACCUCCAAUGUAGGAGAUCAAGAUAUUGUCAAAUCGCUCAACGAUCCAAAACAGUACAGAUACAUUGUGUUGGACAAUGGCCUGCGUGCUCUUCUGAUCUCUGACUUGAGUAAUUCAGGUGGGGACCAUGCACAAGUAGCUUCCUACGAAGAUGAAGAUUCAGACUCUGAUUCUGAUAGUGAUGGAGCAUCUGAUGAAGAAAGCGAUGACUAUGACAGUAAUGAUGAAGAUGUAGCAGAAGAUGGAGAGCAAAGAAGGAAAUCGUGUUCAGAAAAGCAGUCUGCAGCUGCCCUUUGUAUUGGUGUCGGAAGUUUCAGUGAUCCUGAUGACCUGCCUGGCCUGGCCCACUUCCUUGAGCAUAUGGUUUUUAUGGGUAGCAAGAAGUACCCAGAUGAGAAUGGGUUUGAUGCAUUCCUAAAGAAGCAUGGUGGCAGCGAUAAUGCCUCAACUGACUGUGAGCGCACCAUCUUCCAGUUUGAUAUUCAGAGAAAAUACUUCAUGGAAGCACUUGAUAGGUGGGCCCAGUUCUUCAUCUGUCCACUGAUGAUUAGAGAUGCUAUUGAGCGAGAAGUUGAAGCGGUUGAUAGUGAAUAUCAGCUUGCAAGACCGUCAGACUCAAACAGGAAAGAAAUGCUUUUUGGAAGUUUGGCAAAGACUGGCCAUCCAAUGGCGAACUUCUUUUGGGGUAAUGCACUGACACUAAAGGAUGAACCAAAAGAAAAGAACAUAGACACUUACGCAAGGCUGCAAGAAUUCUGGAAACGUUAUUAUUCAGCUCAUUACAUGGCCUUAACCGUGCAGUCCAAAGAUCCUUUGGAUACACUAGAAAAGUGGGUGAGGACAAUUUUUUCAGAAAUACCAAACAAUGGUUUACCAAAGCCAGAUUUUACUCAUUUGACUGCUCCCUUUGAUACUCCAUCAUUUAACAAGUUGUACAGAGUUGUUCCUGUAAAACAAGUUCAUGCUCUGACCAUCAGCUGGGCACUUCCAUCACAGAUGAAGCAUUACAGGUCUUUAUACAUCUAUUUGGCAAGGAUGGAUCCAGACAGUGAAAGUAUGCCUUUAGCAGUCCAGUGCUGGGCUCUGGCAUUAUUUGGCGGUAACAGUGAAACAGGAUUUGAACAGAAUUCUACAUACUCUGUCUUCAUUAUUUCCAUUACAUUGACAACUGAGGGUUAUGAACACUUCUACGAGGUUGCACAUAUUAUGUUCCAGUAUUUGAAAAUGUUGCAGCGCAUGGGACCGCAACGAAGAAUCUUUGAAGAAAUUCAGAAGAUUGAAGACAAUGAAUUUCGUUACCAGGAAGAGACUGAUCCUAUUGAAAAUGUGGAAGACCUUUGUGAGAAUGUGUUGCUGUUUAAAAAGGAAGACAUUCUCACUGGAGAUCAGCUUCUGUUUGAAUACAAGCCAGAAGUAAUUGUUGAUGCCCUUAACCAGCUUACUCCCCAAAGAGCCAACUUGAUUCUUCUCUCCCCAAAUAAUGAAGGCAGAUGUCCACUGAAGGAGAAAUGGUUUGGAACUCAGUACAAUGUGGAAGAUAUUGAAGAGAAGUGGAAGAAUACGUGGUCAGGAGAGUUUGAGUUGAACCCUGAACUUCAUUUACCAGCUGAAAAUAAAUAUAUAGCUACCAACUUUACUCUGAAAACCUCAGACUGUCCUGACACUGAAUAUCCUGUCAAAAUAGUGAACUCGAAACAUGGUCAUCUGUGGUAUAAGAAAGAUAACAAGUUUAAAAUUCCAAAAGGUUUGAUAGAUCAUCAUCUUAAGAUUAUUCCAGUGAUCUCUGAGAACCCAGGAAACUUGGUGCUGUUUGACAUCUUUGUGAAUAUUUUGGCUCACAAUUUGGCUGAACCUGCAUAUGAAGCAGAUGUUGCCCAACUGGAAUAUAAGCUAGUGGCUGGAGAGCAUGGCCUAAUCAUCAAAGUGAAAGGAUUUAAUCACAAGCUGCCUCUGCUGUUCCAGCUUAUUAUUGAUUACCUAGCAGAUUUCACAGUCACUCCAGAUGUGUAUGGGAUGAUCACAGAACAGCUGAAGAAAACGUACUUUAACCUUCUUAUCAAACCCGAAAAACUGGGCAAGGAUGUGCGUUUGAUGAUCCUUGAACACUCCCGUUGGUCUUUGGUAGAGAAAUACAAGGCUUUGAUGAAUAAUCCCACCAUGGAAUCUUUGCUUUCUUUUGUCAACAGUUUCAAGAGUGACCUGUUUGUGGAGGGAUUGGUACAAGGCAACUUCACAUGCAAAGAGUCUGUUGAAUUUCUAACUUAUGUUAAAGACAAACUGAAAUUCAGACCACUGAAAAAACGUGUACCAGUUCAGUUUCAAGUGGUGGAAUUGCCUGAAAAACCCCAUCUGUGUAAAGUGAAGUCUCUUAACAAAGGUGAUGCCAAUUCAGAAGUCACUGUUUAUUAUCAGUCUGGAGCAAAGAAUUUAAAAGAGCAUGCACUUAUGGAGCUGCUUGUGAUGCACAUGGAAGAACCAGUCUUUGAUUUUCUGAGAACAAAGGAGACACUUGGGUACCAUGUGUAUCCAACCUGCAGAAAUACCUCCGGUAUUUUGGGAUUCUCUGUUACUGUAGCAACUCAGGCCACCAAAUUCAGCACUGAAAUAGUUGACAAGAAAAUUGAGGAAUUUUUUAGCAGUUUUGGAGACACAUUAGCACAGCAGACUGUUGAAGCUUUUCAAACUCAGGUUACUGCUCUUGUUAAGCUGAAGGAAUGUGAAGACAGCCAUCUUGGUGAGGAAGUGGACAGAAAUUGGUGUGAAGUCCUCACACAACAGUAUCUGUUCGACCGCCUUCAGAAGGAGAUUACAGUGUUAAAAUCUUUUGUUAAUUCUGAUCUGGUGGAAUGGUUCAGAAUGCAUAGAGGACCAGGGAGCAGAAAACUCAGUGUACAUGUUGUAGGAUUUGGAGAACAUGAGCCUGAUACAGCCAGAGAUACCCUUCCUGAUGAUCAGAAUUCUUCAUAUGGAGAAGUUUCACACCUUACAUUCAUGCUUCCAACCCCACUGAUGGCUGAUGUCACUCCUGUUGAUAAUCUCAGAAUGCUGAACUCAUCAUUAAAACUAUUUCCAUAUCACAAAAUUGUAAAAUGAAAAAUGCUUAGUUUUUCACGAAAGUGGUAUCUAAGGAUGCCUUUUCUAGAUACAGAGCUGAACUCUAGUUCAACAUUGACAUCUAUUCCAGUAUGAAUUUUGCUGUGGAAGGUCAAGCUUUUUUGCUGCCUAAGGUAUAGAAAGUAUGUUCAGAAUUUUACAGUUACAUUUUAACUGCUAUUUGAAUUAUAUGCUUCCAUUAGUGGCUUUUCGGCUGUAGAUCUCCCAAGUACUGUUUACAGUGCUAUCAAAAAUGACUAUAGGCAGCAGUUGGCCAGACUGUGUGACACAACUAUCGUCUUUAUGUAACUCAAGGUUGAACUGAGUCUUUUGAAAAGGAAUUGGUUGGAUAAGAAUGCACAAACAAGACCUCAUGAAGUUGCUUCUUGAAAUAAAUUAUGGAAGGAAUUUUAA